GCACCGACGAAGAUCGCCGGAAUCAUCAGAGCUUCUCUAAUCCGGUAAGCUCUCAUAACCCAUCAGUCUAGCUUAGAAGAAAAAUGUUGGGUUUCAUUCGAAGAGCAUUGAUAGAGUAUAGUAGGAGGGCAGAUUACGUGCGUUAUAUCAGAACGAUUCCAUCUCCUAAAACUAAUUCAAGUGACAAACAGCAAUCCCCAACAGUGUCUUACCUCACUGGCUCAUGUGGGUUGUCCUUGGAUAAAGCUAUUUCAGCUUCCAGGUUUGUUCAGAUUGAGAACACUGAAGGACCUGAUUCAGUUCUUAGGCUCCUGGAGAGUCAUGGGUUUACUAAAUCUAACAUUAUCCGCUUAAUCUCUAAGUACCCAAAAUUUCUAUUGGCUAAUCCAGAGAAAACUCUUAGACCCAAGAUUGAAUUUUUCGAGUCUCUGGGCAUUGUGGGAGAAGACCUCACCAAGAUUCUCUGUUCACAUGUAAAUAUUCUGUCUCGUAGUUUGGAGAAGAAGAUAUUACCGCUCUUCGUGCCUAAUAUAUCCAGAUUGCGUGCUGAAGAGGUGGUCAAUGAAGUUAAAGCAAUGGGUUUUGAUCCAGCUAAGAAGACUUUCAUCUUGGCAAUUCGGUCAAAGGCAUUUGUAAGCAGGGAAAUUUGGGAGAAAAGGAAGGAGCUUCUGAUGAGCUAUGGUUGGUCAGAGAAACAGUUUCAAUUAGCUGUUGUUAUGCGGCCUGAUUUCAUGCUUACCUCAGAAAAGAAGAUGAGGAAGAUGAUGGAUUUUCUUUUAAACACUGCUAGUUUGAAACCAGUAGAUGUUGCUAUCUGCCCAAAUCUUUUCCUCUGUAGCUUGGAGAAUAAGUUCAUUCCAAGAUGGUCACUUUUGAAAGUUUUAAUGUCAAAAGGUUUGGUAAAGCAUGUUAAUCUAGUUUGUGCCUUCAUUGUGAGCAAUAAAUAUUUUGAGAAGAAGUAUGUGACUGAGUAUGAGGAGGAUUUUCCUGAAAUAACCAUGGCAUACCGGGAACAGACUGGAUUCAAGGAUUUGGUAGCAGAUUGUGAGACUUAAACUUGGCUGAAGGAAGGCAGGACCGCAAUGGCCUGCCAUUUAGUGGCAGCUGGUUUCUCUAUUGAAGGACUUGUACAUAUGUCCAAAGCAGGUUGGGAGAAAAUGGAGGACCUUCUUAUGAACUAUGGUUGGUUGGGGAAACAAUUUCAAUUGGCAUUUGCAUUGCAACCAAAUUUUAAGGCUAUCUCUGUCAAGAAAGUGAUAAUGGCAGUGAUUUCUGUGGGUGCUGAUCUUUUGACUUGGUAUUGGUUUGUUAAAUUGGCAAAACAUGUUAAGCUUUACAACAAUUCUGUGCAGUAAAUCUUUUGCUGAACAUUCCCAUUUAAGGUUAUGUUUUCCAUGUCUACAUGCUUUCAAACUUCAAUCUUUUCAUUAUAUAUACAUUUCCUUCUACAAAACUACUGCUAAGCACCUUGGGAACAAUUGCACAUGCUUGUAUCCUGAUUUGGCUGCUAAUGUAAGCAAUAACUUACAGCUAGAAAAUUCUUUUUAUAUGAAUAGGAAGGUGGUUAACCCUUGAAUUAGCUGUACUUCCUAUUAUUAAGGUAUGUGAUUGAGUAUGAGGCUCUUGAAAUAAUUAAUAAGGCAUACCAAGAGGGGACUAGAUUCAAGGAUUCGGUUGCAGAUUUCAAGGCUUAAAAUUGGCUUCCAAUACAUUGGUAGUGAUUACUCUGGGUGCUGAUUUCUUAUUGAUUGCGCUCUUCAUAAUAGCAAUUCAAAUAGGAGUGCUUUACCAUCCAGGUAACAACUCUGCUUGCCCCUCUUUACUAUUGACUCGAUCAAAUAAUUGACUGGUUAUUUUACUUUUUGUCUAGAAAUUGACUAAUAGGCAAAUCAUGUUGAGUGCAAGGGAGAUGAAUCAUAGUUAGUUGGAUUGAUAAGGGACUUUACUAAAUUUUUUGUUGCACU